UGGCCUUAUUGUCCUUUUGCAGGUGGUGGAUGAGCUGGAUGACCAGAUGGUAGACGGUGGGAUGAUCAUUGACUAUCAUGGCUGUGACCUGUUCCCUGAGCGCUGGUUCCACAUCGUCUUUGUCCUCCGCACAGACAACACACAGCUGUACACGCGGCUAGAGAGCAGGGGGUAUGCGGGGAAGAAGCUGCAGGACAACGUGCAGUGCGAGAUCUUCCAGACUAUCUACGAGGAGGCCAUGGAGGCCUACAGCGAGGACAUCGUCCACCAGCUCACCAGCAACAAUCCUGAGGACAUGGACCGCAACCUGGAGCAGAUCAUCCAGUGGUCUGAGCAGUGGGUGAAGGACAAUAACUAGAAGCUGGACUCUGUCAACAAAAGUUAUUUGGACAAUUAAACAUAAAUGGUAAACUACAUUUAUUUUCACAGGCUUUGCCCACAUGAAGACUUAUGAUAUUUUCCUCAGUGGCUUGGCAAAUGGUCGGAAUAUAAAGCAGUGGAUGGUUAUCUAUUAAGAAAUGGUAUCGAACAGGCUUACUGACACAAGUCGGAAGCCAUAACAUUAUAUGUAACAGAGCGUACUGGCUUCAAGUCAUAGCACUUGUGUACUGCUGCAUUCGUGUCAUAUUUUUGAUAAUAAAUGACUAAUGGUAAACAA